AAAUUCCACUCGCAGACAGACUUCUUUUCUCACUUUUAGAUGCUAACAGGGCUUUUCUGGUUUGCAUUCUGCUGUUUUUAAUCUUACCUGGUGUCACAGAAAUUGUCUUUCAUGAGAAUUUUUUCUAUAAAUUCCUAAAUGCCUUCAGGAGUAGAGCUGUCAGAUGUGCUUUCUUGAGACGUAGCUCCUACCACCCGGUGACUGCACAAAGCUGAAUUCUCUUUAGCCUGCCGUAAUUAUUGCUCCAAGUGACGCCGCCGCUGGAUGACAGCCAUGGAUAAAAACACAAGAACCAACAGAACUGCAAAGAACACCUUGGCGAAGGCGCUAUAUGACAACAAGGCGGAGUGCUCCGAUGAGCUGGCCUUCCGCAAAGGUGACAUCCUGACGGUUCUGGACCAAAAUGUCAUUGGCAGUGACGGCUGGUGGAAAUGCUCCCUCCAUGGCAGGCAGGGCCUGGCCCCUGCUAACCGCCUCCAGCUCCUCGCUGCCUCUCAGGCUGUCCUCCUGCCUCCUUCCACCCGGAGAGACUCCGCAGAGUCGCCAGCGGGCCAACAGGGCCAACAAAACAUCUACCAGGUCCCCUCCGUCCCCAAGCCUACCGUGUCAUCAUCUACCUAUGAGAAGAUGGAGGGAUGGGUUAAAUCUCCAGCCAGGGUCUCUACCCUGACUGCCCAAGGAAUCUACCAGGUACCAGCCUUGGCUGCACAGCUGCUCAGUGAAAGGACCAAAAGUUCAACAAGCCAGCACCUCCUUACUCUCCCGAGAGCGUGCCGGGCUUCAGUCCCAAAUAUCAGGAGUGAAGUGUACGAUGUCCCAUCCACACAGCGCCGGGAGUCCUUACUCACCCAGAGUGGUGCCACUCCACCCACCACACGAAAGGGCUCUCUGCUGGUCAGAUCCACUGAGGGUUUCCAGGAAGAGCAGAAGCAUCUUUACAACAUCCCAUCCAGCCCGGAAAAGGCAGGAGCUGUUAUCCAGAAAGACUCACCAGUGGGCAACUUAUAUGAUGUCCCUCCCAAAAGAGAAACUGAUGUUUCAGAAAACGAGUCUCAGAAAAAGUUCUGGGGCCGCUACAACACUUUGCCAAAUCCUCGAAAGUCAGAAUGGAUUUAUGAUAUUCCAGUGUCACCUGAAAAAACAGGAUUAAAACAAAACCCUUCUGGCCAGUCCUUGGAGAACCAGGUGCUGUACGAUACACCACCCACCAGAUACAAGGUGCUAACAACAAAUACUGAAGCCAAAGUUGUAAAUCCACAAUUAUAUGAUAUUCCACCAACACAGCGGAAAUUAACACUUCCAGAUAUCCAUCUUUAUGAUGUUCCAUCCUCACGGGACAUGCUCCUUCUGCCACAAAACGGUAGCUGUGAUGUACCCCCAAGUCUCCUGGCCCCAAAGGCUGAGAAUCAGAUCAAUGAAGAGAAUGUUUAUGAUAUUCCAAAAGGUUUGCCCACCGCUUUGCAGUCCAAGAAAGAGAUGGAAAAAAACAGUGAUAGCUCUGGAGACCAAGCAUACACUGCUCCUCCACAGAUCUCAAGAGAUGCCAAAUCAGAACAAGACAGAUUAUCUGUGUCGAGCGUGGACAGCAGAAGCAGCACGCUCUCUACAUCCUCGAAGUCUUCUGCUGAGUCUUUUUCUACAUCAUCCUCAGAAGAGCCUGCCAAAGAAAUUAAACUGGACCUUGACGUAGCGAUAGAGACGCUGACUAAAUUGCAGCACAGUGUAUCCAGCUCAGUUGCGAGUUUAAUGAUCUUUGUGAGCAGUAAAUGGAGAUUACAAGAGCACCUGGAGAAAAGCAUUGAAGAAAUCCACAGAGCAGUCGAUCACAUAAAAGUAUCCCUGGGAGAAUUCUUGGCCUUUGCUCAAGUCAUAAAGGUAAAUGCCUCUUACCUCACUGAUAACAACCUUCAGACCAGAAUUAAAAAACAGCUAGAAAUUCUUAUGAACUCAUCCGAAAUCUUAACGGAAACAAGAGAAGCUCUAAACAACUGCAACUGGUCACUAGAGGCUUUGAUCCUCAGGAAACCUCAGAACAACCCAGAUGAUCUUGACCGCUUUGUUAUGGUAGCCCGCACGAUUCCCGAUGACAUCAAGAGGUUUGUAUCCAUCAUCAUCGCCAACGGAAAGCUUCUCUUCAGAAAGAAUGAGAAGGAACCAGAAACGAAGCAAUCAAAAGUGCACCCAGAAUACAAAAUGGCAAAACAAAUCAUAGUGCCAAGAAGAAUAGAAGUAGAUUCACUUCAAAGAAAUGCUCCUGAUAAACCCAACCAAAGUAAAGUCUCUUCUGAGAAACCACAAGAAAAUGCCACUGAGGACUGCGAUUAUGUUCAGUUACAGGCACAGAAAAUCAUUUCAGGUAAAGAAGUAGGAAAGAAGAGUACAGAUUCAAAACCAAAGGUUUUGCCAUCUGCAAAAAAUACUGUCACACAAAGCAAGCAGGACUCUGCAAAGAAAAUCACUCUCCCUGAACACUGUAAGCUGUGUUUCACUGCACUUCACAAGGCAAUUGGUGUAUUUACAAAUAGUCUGAGCCACAACCAGCCACCUGAAGUCUUCAUCUCCCACAGCAAAUUGAUCAUUAUGGUGGGACAAAAGCUAGUGGAUUCUCUCUGCCAGGAAACUCAAGAAAGAGAUGCUCGGAAUGACAUUCUCCAUAGCAGCAGUCGGUUUUGCAGCCUCUUGAAAAACCUGGCUCUUGCCACCAAAAAUGCUGCAAUACAAUAUCCAAACACAGAUGCCAUCAGGGAGCUUCAGGAUCAAACUGAGGAGCUCUCGAAGUACACACAGCAGUUUAGAGCAAUGAUGGAAUGAAAGACACUUUGCUGAUUUUACACACUCUCUACUGGUUUUGCUCCUGUGGCACAUGGCAGCCAAGGAUGACAAAAGCAGCUCAAUGACACCAGCUUUCAGUCACCUCUAAGAACUCCUUCCCGGCAGCUCCCUGGGUGCUGGUGUACUUUUAGCAAAUGAAGAAGAUGAUAUGUAGAAUUAAAUCUGUAUUUUCUUCUCUGUUGUUCAGAUCCUACCUGGAAAUGUCAUCAUCUUAAUGGCUGGACAGGAAUGUUUGCUGUGCAUUAGAACAAAAUUAUUUUAUUAUCUGACGGGUUUCUUAUUUUUUAAUUUCUAUAUAGGUCAGAGAAAUUAAUUUUCCUCUCUUUUUAAUUCGGGUAUGUAAAGUCUCCACAUUUUGCUGCACAGUGUUCUGUAACUUAUGAUACCCCAUCAUCAAUUGUUUCCUGAGGACAUUACUCAAAAUCUGUAAUUACAACUUUUUAAAAAAACAGCUGCAAAGCUAAUUUUUAUUUUUAAUAUAUGUAUGUGAUGAAUGUGUUACGAGACAAAGUCUGGCAGGUACUACACGUAGCCUAGAUGUUAAUGGCAAACAUUGCCAGAGGAAAACUGCCUUGGAGAAGUCCUGGCUCCUGGUAGAUCCAUGGGGAGCGCGGCUCAGUCCUCCUCUGCCACAACUUGAAGCUGUUCAGAGCAUUACUCCAACUGAAACAGGAUUUAUUUUAGUCACUAGAUAAUGCAGAGGCUUUGGACAGGCCCUUCCUACAAACUGGAAAGGUGAUGUUAUUCCUUGCUGGGCGCCCAGAGCCCCUGCCAUGGCCAGGCCGCCUGGGGCUUCUCAGAGCAGCCAUCCCUGCGUCCAUCUGUGUAACUCAUUAAAUUAUCUCUUUGUUUGCUGGAUCUGAAAUACAGCCACGAUGAAGGCCCUGGAACUAUCUGGGCAGAGUCUGUAUGCUUGCAUCACUUGUAUUUCUCCUAAUUAAUUUAUUUUAAUGUUUUUAUCUGAAAUUUCGAAGUCUGGCCUUUCUUGGCAAUGUUGUACCUGUGUCUCUGCUCUGAAAAUGGAUAAUUAGCGCUGUGAGAGGGCAGAGCUCAUUUGCCCUGGGCCAGGGCCUGUGCCCACGGCCUGUCUGUGGAAAAAGCAGCUCCCUCCUCUUCCUCCCUUUCAUUCACUUGGCAGUCACUGUGUUUUAUACCGUUAUUUAAACGUCGACAUUUGUAAAUAUUACUAUCUGCACAGUUCAAUGCAUUUCAUGUCAGCUU